GGCACUCACCGGCCAGGGGCACGAUAAACCACACAGACCAGAUAGCUGAAAUCAAUCCACUCCCUGUCGUUUUUUUAUUCGUUUGUCUCCCUUGGAACACUGGGAGCGUCUGGCGCUUCAUUUUCCCUCGUCGAAGGACUGGGUGAGGGAGGAAGCAACCGGGAGAGACCCAGCGCUGAACCGAUCUAUCGGGGGGCGCUAGACGCGGCUCAGAUUUCUGCCUCUUCGCUACCACCGCCUACAAGACGCGCUCGGCCAUGAAGACCUCCGGUGUCAUCCUUCUGCACCUCGUCCUCCUCGCACUCUUCGCCCGCCGCUCCUUCGCUCAGAGCGAGGCGGAGGUCGUGGUGACGACGCGCCAGGGACGUGUCCAGGGUCGCGUCCUCCCCGUGCCGGACAGCGGUCACGUCGUAGCCUUCCUGGGCAUCCCGUUUGCCGAGCCCCCGCUGGGCAAGAGACGCUUCCGGGAAGCCGAGCCAAAGAAGCCCUGGAAUAGUGUGCUUGAAGCCAAAGAGUACCCCAAUGCCUGCUACCAGUAUGUGGAUAAGUCUUGGCCUGGCUUUCCCGGCAGCGAGAUGUGGAACCCGAACCGAAUGAUGAGCGAGGACUGCCUGUACCUCAACGUAUGGGUGCCAGCCUCCCCGAGGCCACACAACCUGACUGUAAUGGUGUGGAUCUACGGAGGAGGUUUCUACAGCGGCUCCUCGUCCCUGGACGUCUACGACGGCCGCUUCCUGGCCAACACGGAGAAGGUGGUGGUGGUCUCCAUGAACUACAGAAUAGGCGCGUUCGGGUUCCUCGCCCUGCACGGUUCCAACGAGGCACCCGGUAAUGUGGGCCUCUUGGAUCAGCGCCUGGCCCUCCAGUGGGUCCAAGACAACAUUCAGUUCUUCGGGGGUAACCCGAAGCAGGUGACCAUCUUCGGCGAGAGCGCCGGCGGGGCGUCGGUAGGGAUGCACCUCUUGUCCCCAGACAGUCGUCCGACGUUCACCCGCGCCAUCUUGCAGAGCGGGGUCCCCAACUGCCCGUGGGCCACAGUCUCCCCAGCGGAAGCCCGGAGGAGGGCCACCCUGUUGGCCAAGUUCGUCGGCUGCCAGUUCAGUAACGACACAGAGAUGGUGGACUGCCUGAGGAACACCCCUCCCCAGGACCUGAUCGACCACGAGUUCCAGGUUCUCCCUUACAACAGCCUCUUCCGGUUCUCCUUUGUUCCCCUGAUCGAUGGAGUCGUUCUGCCCGACACGCCAGACGCCAUGCUCAGUUCGGGCAACUUCAAAGACACUCAGAUCUUGCUCGGCGUCAAUCAGGACGAAGGGUCGUACUUCUUGCUCUACGGCGCCCCAGGAUUCAGCAAAGACAACGAGAGUCUCAUCUCACGCGAGGACUUUCUGGAGGGAGUAAAGAUGAGUGUCCCACAUGCCAACGACAUUGGUCUGGAAGCAGUGGUGUUGCAGUACACUGACUGGAUGGAUGAGAAUAACCCCUUGAAAAAUCGGGACGCUAUGGAUGACAUUGUGGGUGACCACAACGUGAUAUGCCCACUGCAGCACUUUGCCCGAGCGUACGCUCAGUACAAUGCUAUGCAUUCCCAAGGUGGACAACCGAGCCAGGGGCCAGGAGCUUUUACAUGGGGGCAUGCCGAAUCCAAUAAUGGAGGAAACUCACAAGGUGCCAUAUAUCUUUAUCUGUUUGACCAUCGGGCGUCCAACCUGGCUUGGCCCGAGUGGAUGGGGGUUAUCCAUGGGUAUGAAAUUGAAUUUGUGUUCGGACUUCCCUUGGAUAAGAAACUGAAUUACACAGCAGAGGAAGACAAGCUGAGUCGACGAAUGAUGAGAUAUUGGGCUAACUUCGCUCGCACUGGAAAUCCCAACCACAACUCAGACGGCAGUUUUGAGAGGGAGAGGAAGAGGUGGCCGCAGUUCACUAACACGGAUCAGAAGUAUGUGGGACUGAACACUCUACCGAUGAAAAUGUACAAAGGCCUAAGGACGCAAAUGUGUGCCCUGUGGAACCGGUUCCUUCCUCGUCUCCUCAACAUCACCGAUAACAUUGAUGAAGCCGAGCGACAGUGGAAAAUGGAGUUCCAUCGCUGGAGUUCCUACAUGAUGCACUGGAAGAGCCAGUUCGAUCACUACAGCAAGCAGGAACGCUGCACUGAUCUCUAAACGGAAGGAGACGCGCGCGAAAAAAAGCUACGCGCUAGAGAUGUCAACAUCUUUUUCAGUGUCGGCGACCUCGGUGUUGCUGUUUAAAAUGAAAUGGGUCAAAAAGUUGUUCACAAGUAAUGUGACUGAUACACUCAUUGGAGGGUGGGUGUGAUUGUAGAUUUCUGAAUACCACAAUAGCUGCUGUGUGUAGAGCACCUAGCAUUAGCGUUUGUCCUUUAAUGUCAGUCACUACUUUCUACCUGUAUUACUCACUUACUCCUAAGAAAUUUAGAACUCUUUGUGAUGCUCGGCAGGCUGCUAUAGAGACCAUGUAAAGGUGUGGUCAUUUAUGGGAAAGAUGUGCAAUUACCUCUGAAGACCGAGAUUGUGUGGGUAUGACUGUGUGUUGGUAUGCCUGUGUGAGUGUGCGUGUGUGUGUGUAUGUGUGUGUGUGUGUGUGUGUGUAUGUGUGUGUGUCUGGGGCAAGGAAACUCAUUGACUUCGGUCCUCAGGAUCCCCUUGUUUUCAUUAAUAUAUUUUAUUUUAGCCUUUUUUAAUUUGCUUUCUUUCAGUGUCUCUGCUGUGUCUAUUGGUCUUAGUGAAAUGUCCGAUGCGUAUUCUGUGUACACUAGUAUCCAUUCAUAUCUCUCUGUAUGUCUGUCUGUACAUGUGUCUGUGGGUCCAGCUUACACCGUUUAACAGCUAUACAAAUCAGGAGCCAACUAAAACACUGCUCUAGAUUGCACUGAACACGUAUAUAAUCCGUACUGUUUUGUGUGUGUGUGUGUGUGUGAGUGUGUGUGUGUGUGUGUGUCCUUGUGUUUCACUGUAAGUAUUCAUAUUUCACAUGUCUUUUCUUCAUUACUCUUCAGCAUGACUAUUGGUCCUCUUUGCAUGGGUUUGUACAAUGAAUUAUGCCUAUCAAAGGCAUUGCACCAGAAAGUUAACCCGUGUUCACUUAACAAAGUGUACGUUUGUGAAUGCAUGUAUUUCUGUGAGCGUAUGUGUAUGUCUGCCGGUACAAAUGAAUACCAUUACAGAACGUUAUUGUCACUGUGCUAGAAGGCUGGCCUGUGUUUUUCCCCCCUCUCCUUCAGACUGUGUGUGUAAGCACUCUCCCAAUCCAUUACCCUAAUGGAGGAGAGGCCAUUUACUUAGUUUUCUUUUUUAACAUGACAGGCCGCUGAGUCAGCUAUUGUAUUGCCUGACAGCUAUUAAUUGCUGUUGGUAAGUGGGAGAGGUAGAAAUGAGAAACAAAAUGCAGGUUCAUGAAAUCAUCUCCCUUUACCACCUCGGCCACUUGCACCCAUUCAACAUAAACAACCAGGAUCUAUGUUUGCUUUGUAACUAUACACAAUACAGUGUGCAUGCUUUAUCAGGUCUCAACAGUGUAAGACUUACUGUAUGAAAUGUUUUUGACUUAAUUAGAUUUGGGGAAACUGUUUGUCAUUGUGUCUACUUUCAGUUUUGAUCACUGUCUCUUUACAUGUCUGCACCGAUCUGUACAGUAUUUAUUUUGAUUCCUGUCAACAGUAUGGAUAGUGUCUGAAUCAGUCCUGUGGCUGAAUGAGGGGUCUUUUGGCAAGUAUACUUUGAUUGAUUUUGUCACCAGGCAUGUAAUUCCUUGUGACUGGAAUGGUGUGCUGUAGUUUCAGUAGAAUGUUUGGCAAAAUGACAUAGAAUUUAGAUGAUGAAAGGGUGUUGUGUAUGUAUAUGUAUCUAUGUGAAUGUGUGUGUGUGUGUGUGUGUGUGUGUGUGUGUGUGUGUGUGUGUGUGUGUGUGUGUGUGUGUGUGUGUGUGUGUGUGUGUGUGUGUGUGUGUGUGUAUACGUGUGUGCGUGCAAGUGUGCGUGCUUGCGUGCGUGCGUGUGGGUGUGUGUGUGCGGAUGUGUCUGUGUGUGUGUGUGUGUAUGUGUAUGCACGUGUGUGUGUGUGUGUGCGUGCGUGUGUGUGUUACACAAGUUGAUGCGCUCAAGGCAUAUGAAAAGCCCUCCAUAGUUUCCCUUAUGCCAGAUAGUACUUUCUGCAUGUUCCUGGCCUCCUCCAUUCUGCAUUGUACACCACAUUGACUGUUACCCUCUAUAAGAUAGCCUAUACACAAUACAACUGUGUGUUAUACAUAUUAUCAAGUGAAAGUACUACUAUAGCUCUGAAAAGGUCUACAUUAGCAAUAAAUUGAAACACAUUGUUUAUUGUAUUUGGUAUUUGAAUGCAAUGACACAUUUUCACGUAUUAUUUUUGAUGAUGGUCAUUGUAAUAAGGCUUUGAUAUGUCUGAACAAAGCAAUAUAAAGAGUGCCAUAUUUUAUUUCAGUUUAUUUUAUGUAUAACUUCUCCUUUUUCCAAAAAAAAGACACCCGUUCUGUACAUCAUUUGUUACAGUCGCUAGUACUUUAAAUAGAAUGGCUUUUGUAGAUUAUGUAUUGUAGUCAUGGAUGCAAGCCUGUUGUGUGUUCAUAGCAUCUAAUAGAAACCCCAAGCUGCUGUCUUGUAACCACAUUAGAUUAAGAAAGAUAGUAAGUACUAACAUAACAUUCAUACCGUUGAGCACUGGAUUGAGAAAGAUUCUUUCUUGGACUGAAAUUCAGAACAUAUCCAAUUAGGUGAAAUAAUAUUUUGUUUAUUAUUAUUAUUAUUAUUAUUAUUAUUAUUAUUAUUAUUGCUGUUGUUAUGAUGUUUUUUUAGUUGUCAUUUUUUGUUGAUGCACCAGAUGAAGCCCCCUGUGCCAAACCUGUGUGGUGGCAGUAUGGUGCCGUCUCUCUGCAUGUUACAGUGUUUUCUCUUCUUUCUCUGGGUACUGUAAUUGAAGCCCCACAACACAACCUCAUUAAAUAAAUUAGAUUAAAAAUGA